GGCCUGUCGUGCGAGCGCCCUCUGGCGACUCAAUGCCAAAGAUGGCGGAAGAAAACAUGUUGGAGUUGUUGUUUUGUGAUACUUUCAGCCACGAAAAUAAAGAGGAAUUGAACCUUGACCUGGUGCAGUUUCCAUGGCCGGUAUGUAUCAGUGAGGUAAGGAUCAUUCCUAGGGCGACUGUGGCCCACCCAGAGCUACAGGAUCAGGGAAGAUUAGGGGAGACCAGCCCUUCUACCUUCAAAUUGGAGCUUUUCAUCAACAACCUAAGCAAGCCUGGCUCUGCUGUCUUUGAGCAGCUAGGAGCAUUGGACUAUGUGGACAACUCCAAGAUACAACUGGUCACCAAUAACACGGCCCCCACGGAUGGGGUGGUUCUCAGAGGCUGGUACCACAAGGUGACGGUGGCCAUCUACGGCAUCUUGGCAUCUCACAAGAAGAGGGCUGAGGAACGCUCCGUCUCGCCUCCGCCACCUCCCCCUCCUCCUAAGCAGAGCAUCCACGGCGCCAAGAGAGCGGUGGAUGACACCACAGAGUUUCUGCCUCAUGAGAUGACACAGAAGAAGCAGCCGCUCCAUCCGCAGCAACAUCACAACUGGGAUUGGGAACAGCAGGAACAUGACCAGUCUGCCGCUGCCAAACGAGCUCGUUACGCCGAACCGGCGCCCGAGCCGACAGAGCACCACCAACCUCCCCAACCUGUGUCCCACGCCAUACCCAGCACCACUAGCAGUCGCCGGGGGCCACGGACGCCCUCCCCACCCCCUCCUGCCCAAGAGCAGUGGGAGCCCUCCCAACCCCGCUCUGGGGAGUCAUGGCCCACGGGCGACGCUGCUCCCAAGGACCCCUGGAAGACCCAAGAGGCCUGGGAAGCUGGAGUAGAACCAGAAGAGCCUAGCCAGGGCAGGGACUGGGAGCACGGCGACACCUGGGAGACCACAGACACCUGGGAACCAGGUGAUGCCCCUGAGUGGGACGAACCAGCAACUCCGGUCGAACCACCCAAUCAGAAACAGCCUUACCCUGAGCCUUGGCGUGAAGACCAUGCCCGAGUGCCUGCCGCAUCCAGUGGCAGUAGUGGGAGGACACAAAAAAAGCACCGGAAGCACCGGGGGCCCAGGACUCCACCCGGGGAGCCCCGGGGCUCUCCAACCUCUCCCGACUACGCCCCGCCCGGCGACCAGUACACGCAGGACUCCAGGAGACACAGGGAGGGUUCAAGGAGGAGGGGCGUCGACAGCCCACGUCGGGAGGUGAGGCGAGACAAGGAGUCCAGGCGGGAAGGAGAGGUGAGGAGGGACCCUGAGAGUAGGAGGGAGUCAGAGGAACCUUCCCUCACCACUGAGCCGGGAGAGAUAGUGCAAGAAACUGCUGAAGUAGGAGAGGAACUCUUUGAGCCCCUAACACCAGAAACAUCACCCAGUCAUCAAUAUUCGGAUCGAGAGAAUAUUGAAGAUGACAGGAGCCGGGAAGCCACGGAGGAGGCAGAGAUGGAAAGCAUUGGGCAGGCCUAUGAAGAGAUCAGCGACGAGGAAGGCAUGGAUGAAGUGGGAAGUCUUGACGGCCUGAUGGAUCCGGAAGGAUUGGAAGUGGACGGUCUGGAGGGAGAAUCCUGGCCGGACAUUGUGACCUUUGACCCCUUCCAAGUGGAACUCGUGCCGCUCACUACCUUCCCGGCACCCUACCCCAGUCCCCAGGACCAGGCCAAACCUGCCAAGCGUGAUGCCCCAAGCGUUGACUCUAAGACUGUACUGGACGUGUUGAAGGAACAUCGGGAUAAGGGAUAUGGACCGAGGUGGGUUGCAGCCCUGGAGCCCCUACCAGCCUUACUCCCCCAGGCCCUGACCGGUCUGGAUGACCGCUCACUGUCCACCCUGGCGGAAUGGUCAGUGGAGGCACUCAGUCAGGACAGGGCUAGGGGUCAACCCAUAGGGGUCAACAUGAGGCAGCUCAAGGCCGGUCUGCGGCUGGUGUCAGCGCUGUGCAACUGCAGCCAGAGAGUAGCCUCCAAGCUUUUGAAUCUUGGUGUGCUUGAUGGCCUGAUGAGUCUUCUCUUUGGGGAUCAUGUGGCAUCGUCCCUGAAACUAAUGGCUCUCAAUGCCCUGGACAGCGCCACCAAUUGGCAAGAGGGUGUCCAGCGUCUCCUCGGCUCCUCCCCCUCGGUGGGCGUGUUGGCCGACGCCCCCAGGACCUACUACCAGCGGUUGGUCAAGCUCCUGCUGUCGGAGCAGACUGUCCGGGUCGUCACGGCGACUACUGCGCUCCUGAAGAAGAUUCACGUCUACGAGGUGCUGACUACGCUGCAUGACACUGUGGAGAGCAUCUUAGACACGGAUGCUGAACCAUCUUCGUACCCAGCAGCGUCCCUCAAACAGACCUCAAAGUUUGACCCCAGUGACCCUGACGUCCCCCAGCAAUCCUCGGGGCCAGGCACGCCCCUGGAAGGGGAGGUCAUGGGGGAGUGUGGGGGUGUCAGCUCUGCCGACAUUGAGACUGUCGUGGACUGCCUGCAAGAGUUAAGCGCCGUGCUCAGGACGGCUUCCUAUUCGCUUGUACAACCACCUAUCAAAGCCUUUCCCACCACAGCCAAAGUCACCGGUCCCCCGAACUCCGCCGAUCCCUACCCAGCGCUCUAUCACAUGUUCCAGACGAGGAACCUUUUGGGGAGUCUACUUGUUCUUGUAUCCUGCCCUUCGACCUCGGGUCAUGAGAGUAUUACGAGUGCUGCUGUGGAGCUACUUACAGUUAUUAUGAAGUCACUUAAAGGCCUUCUGUUCCUAUCAGCCCACCAAGCUGCUACCAAAUCCCUCUGCCAGUGCCUGACCGCCAACCUGGACGAUGACUCCCAAGAGGAGAGCCCCUCGCAGCAGGCCGGCUUACAGCUCCUGCACAGCCUGGCGGUCCUGCAGUACGUGGACCAGCUACAGCAGGCAGUGGCUAAAGGUUCGCCCACCGCCCAUGACCCUGAUCGCGACGAGGUCAUUGAAGUCCUGCGCUGGCUGUGUUCGGUCAGCUUCACUGCAGUGGGGAGAACGGCGCUGGCGCACGUCUUUGCCAUGGACGACAACCUGGAGUGUCUCUUGCCUUUUGUUGAACCCAGGGCAGAACAAGGUGGAAGCCCAACCAGAUCCAGGAAGACGGCAUCCCACGGCUAUGCCAUGCAGGUCUUGUCUUGCAUCAUCCAACAUAAUGAGAACAUUGCCACGUUGACCAAAUACCAGGCGCGUCUGGAGCUGUGCUGUGUUGGAGAUUCAGCUUUAUCCAAGUGGUUGACUCCUAUCCAAGGCGUCAGGCUGGAUGGCGAUUGCAUCCCCAAGAUGAUUGAGCACAUCAACAAGGAGAGCGACGAGCUGGGUCAUAAUCUCUUGGGAACAGGGCCGGGCAUCGUCACCUGCCUGAGGGUCCUGAGACACCUAGCCUGUGCCCCACGGGAUAUGCAGACAGGAGAUUGCCAGAAGGAUUUCAAGUACAAACUGGCGGUGAUCCAACUGUACUCCUCCAGUUCAAUGAACGCUUUCAUCAACAUCAUCAAGAGACUCGGCGAUCGACUCCUGCGACCAUGGCAGCAGGGCUACUCUCUGUCUACCACCCAGGUCCACCUGGUGGACGCCCUCGUGUCUCCCGUGCUGCAACUCGUCAAGGUCAUGUUGUCGGAGCUUCUCUCCUCGGGCUCCGUACAGUUUAAAGAUGAGCGUCUAGUAACCUACCUCCUACCGUUACACACGGUGCUGUGUUCAGUGCCUAGUAGCAUCAUGUUACCCUCAGAUGCCCAGCGGAUCCAGACCGAUAUCAUCGAUAUCCUGUUGAGCUACACCAUGAUGCCUGGCACUCAGCCGGAUACUGAAGAAGGUAUUGCAAGCAGUAGUUGGACUGUCAUGCUAAAGGAAGUGUUGCAGUUCAUACCAUCAGCAGCGUAUGCCUACAUUGGUGGCCUGACUGUGCUGUCUGAGUUGCUUCCACUGCCACUUCCCAUGCAGGCACAGGAGCCGUUGUCAGCCGUGGAGGUCCAGCAGGCUCUCAACCUCCGUCGCUUGUGGAGUCUUCAUCUUCACUCAGAGAGCGUUCACAUACAGCAGAUCAUCAAGGACUUGGCAGGUAGCAGCUGUCCGCCAUUGCAGCAGAUCUUACGCCGUGUCUGCUGGCAACUUGCUGAUCUAGCUGCACCGACAGCCUUGACAGUCGUUAGGUCUCUGCUUGACAUCCUGAUCGAGAACCUGGCCCAGGGGGAGGAGGGAGGCAAGAAAGCACAGCCAGCCAGUGGUGAGACUGCUGGAGAGGGGGAGGAGAUCCAGAAGAAGACACAGCCGUGCAACAGUGACUCAGCCCGCAUCCUGACGCUGGUUGUGUAUCUGGUCUCUCAGCCGGCCAUCAAGGCACCGUUGCUGCAUCUCUUCAGAUCUAGUUUGAAGUCAGAUGAGAAGUACUCAGAGCUGUUGCCAUGGUUACUGUCUCUCCUCAAUGUGGUGUCGGACUCAUCAUUCCAUCUCCAGGCGCAGGAAUGCAUAGUGGCCCUGUUGCAGUCCAUCUGUGGCCCAGAGAUCACCCUCCUGCCCACGGACAACCUGUCAAUCAGCGAGCAGCUGGCCAAUAGCCUGCCAGGAAAGGAGCACAUGGAGAUCAUAUGCUCCGCCCUACUGGAUCACGUGACCAGCUCGGACCAAUCCUACGCCAGCAUCCUCCCCUCAUUGAGGACACUGUCUAUGCUGCUGGACUAUGACUAUGGCUUUGUCUUUGUGAAAUGUGCCUUGGACAAGACCCCAUCAGCCUUCCACUCUCUCUUCACCCGGCUCCAGACCUCCUUCCACAAAGACAGCUCUGACUACCUCUCCACCCUGUCCACGACCCUGGACCUCCUACAGAUGCUGCUGACCGUCGAGGGUCCGUCAUCCACCGAGGGCUUGGACCAGGAGGCAUGCCCGGAGGAGGGAGGGCCGUACCGGACCAAGGUGCUGAGCGUGGGACAGCUCAAGGAGUACCUGAUGUGGGGCGGCAAGGCACACCCGGUCUACCAGCUGGAGAAGACACUGAUUGAAUGCUGCAAGGAGGAUGAGAUCCUGGAGAGUCUCCUGGACAGCAUCAGCAGCCUAAUCCAGACCCUGGACUCGCCCGAGGAGCCUACCCCUACCACCCUACCCUCAGCCCCGCCCCUACCAAAAACAAACCCCGCCUUACUCCAGGAGCUGACACUCCUACCGGCCCCGCUCAGCUUCUCCGAGCAGUUCAACUCUCGUCUGGUGUUCUACAUCGGGGAAGGGGAGGACGACCGACUCAACACAGGCUUCUGGCUGGGACCGCCGGGUAUCGACGACGGGGACAUCGAGCCUGAUAUGGUUCAGUGCGAUUUGGAGGAUCUUCGGUCCACCUACCUGCCAGAUUUGGACCUGAGGGCAGAGCUGGAGAAAGAUCUCAGCGCCGAGAACUUGCCUCGAGAAAAGGACCAGAAGAAAAGGAGUGGCAAAAGAAGAUACGAGUCCCUCACCUCACGGUCUCAGUACCGCUUCAACUAUGGCAUCAAGAGAGCACACAAUCAAGGUGGCAACUUCAACCAGUACGGUCGUCCCAUGUCGGGUAGAAGCGGCCGGGGUUACGACAUCUUCCGCCAGCGAGCUCAGAACACCAGCCGGCCUCCUUCUAUGCACGUCGAUGACUUCCUGGCAGCCCAGGCCAUUGAGAGUACCGACACUAAGAAGCCGCAGAGGGGACCCCCACAGGGUCGCAGUGGAAGAGGAGGCAACUUCAUGGGCGGUGGGGGUGGCGGCGGUGGGGGCCAGAGAGGGGGAGGAGGGGGCGGCAGCUUCCAAGGUGGGAGGGGUCCCUGGAACGGACCCACUGGCAACUACGGCAGGAGGGAUGGAGGUGGGAACAACAUGGGGAGUGGUGCCCAACGUGGCGGUGGGCGGGGCGGAGGGGGACAGUGGGGGAACAGGCAACAGCAACGGCCCGGCUACGGUAGCGGUGGCGGAGGGGGUGGUGCCGGUGGAGGCAACAACCAACAGAGGAACUUUGGCCAGAGACGAUGGGAAGGGAACCAGUCCAGGCCCGACAACAGACUGGACAGUCGUCAGGAAGGGCGUGGCCCCGCCUCAGGCCAGCAAGCCUACGGCCGUAUGGGCGGGGACAACCGGGCCAGCCGGGAGGGGUCCUACAUGCAGCGAGGCGAUCCCCGGGGUAGCGGUGGCAGCAUGAGAGGGGGCGGCAGCGGGGGCGGUGGUGGACAGCAGAGGGGCGGAGCUAGUAUGAGGAGACCUGGGCAGGGAUUCAGGCCGGGGAGUGCUGGUGGUGGGCGUGGCAGGGGCGGAGGGGGUGGCAGUGGGUGGUCUGGACAGGGUGGCAAGGAUCAGUACUCAAGGUUUCAACAGACACCGAAAACAGGGCGUGGCGGUCGUAUGGGGGCAAGGGAGAACCAGGGAAGGCACAGCCGAUCCUUCACAAGAUAGAACCUCAUCAUCACGGAACGUAGACAUCAGUGAAAUUAAGAAUUACUCAGACCGUAUACUUGUCUGCGGGCCACUGCAUCUUAAAACCCGGAAUAGGGACACACAUUUUGACCCUACCAGGGUCUUUAUCAAAGUGUUUUUAAAGGCAUAUAGCAUCAUUUGCAUUUAUCCCACAAGUAACUUAACCAAAUUAUUAUUCAUAAGCUUACUUGGAUUAAAGAUUGUACUGGUACUAAACACCCCGUGAAAUUAUUCCGUCUGGCUUGCCGUCAUUUAGAAGAAAUCAAGAAAUGUAGGUGAUUUCCAACGAUCAGUCAAUUGACUGAUUGCUAAUAAAUGUGGAGUACUAUUGACAAAAUUGUUUGUUGUAAACAAAAGGUUGUGCAUGUUUUUUUUUACGGUUUUCUCAAAAAGUCCAAUAUCCACUGAGCUGAAACCUCGAUAGAUCAGGUUUUUGAACAUUCUUCUUUGGAUUUUGAGUGGUGUUAUUAUUUGGAAACAAAUAAAAUGCAUGAAAGCAAAUGUCCUAGAUGUAUUUCAAAAUGAUCCUAGUAGUAUCGAGCUCUACCUCCAGUCCCCAGCCUUGCACAUAUAAUGAAAAAAAUUCAAGACCUCCAGGAAAAUGUACCAGUUCCUUUUUUUUAAUUUUCUAAUGACACAUAUGAAUACAAAAUAAGAUCUUAAAAUAUGUUAAGAUGGUAUCCAUGGUAUCAUUUGAGUUACAAAGAGACAUGAAAGUAAAAAAAAUUGUCUUUUUUCAGCAUGACUGCUAUUUAAGGUAAAUCACUAAUUUUCAUUCACUGUGAUUAUUUUAAGAUUUCUUUGGAAUAAUACAUAUUAUUUCAAUUAGGAAACGGACAGAGUGUUACAAUUAGUUAUAAUAUUUCAUUGUUAAUUUGGACGGAUUUUUAGUACCACUGACAAUCCAAAAUUUACGACGGCCCAUUUUCAUGACACGAUUCACAGAGAUGCAAGUCCUCCUGCAUUUCAGGGUUUUUUUUUCAAAUUGUAAAUAACUUAUUGGCACCCAUACACUUACAUCUGCGGAUUUAAAUACAUGAUUUUCUGCCGAGAUUGCCACCCAUGUCAAGACCCUGUAGAGUAAACACACCAAACGACACAGUAAACCCCUACAGCAAAUUCUGCUUAAGAAAACCUGUGAAUGCGACAAUGGGAAUCUCUAUGCAAAGUGUGCAAGUUUUUGUUAGUCUGGACCUCGAGAUAGGCAAUUGUU